AUGUUAAACACCUGCCCGCAGAGGCUGCAGGAGACAAUCUUUCGCUGGUACCAAAGGUAAGCCAGGCUUACUUAUGCUGAUUAUUUUGGCCUGCCAGAUGCUCGGAUAGUUUCACAAAAAGUACUUUAGAUGCAAGAACGGCCAGAGGACCCCAGCACUGUCACUGCUUCGUAUGCAGGGACCAUCUGGAGAGAACGCCCGGCAAUUAUCUCGGCUUGGCAUCUGAAACGCCCACAAGCCUGCCUCCCCCCGCGUGUGGCGUUAUCUCGGACGGGAGAUCCCAUGCGUUAAUUGCUCCCCGAUAUACGCUGGCCAUGACGGUCAACGGCUAA